UGUGAUAGAGGUAUUAAGGCGUUUAACUUGUGUCGUCUGCUAAGACUACAGGUCAUGUGACAGUCACAAGCCUUGUUCAAAAUGGCGCCGAGCACCCACGUCCAGCUUGGAGAUAGCUUCAAAGUCCCCCUGAAGUUACAUCAACUGAACAGGGAGAGGCUGUGUCAGAGACUGAAGGAAAAGAAUGUUGCGGCUAAAAGUGUUGUGUUACUUCAAGGUGGAGAGGCUGCAAAUCAGUAUUGCUCAGACAGGGAGUUACUCUUCAGACAGGAGUCCUUCUUUCAGUGGGCAUUUGGUGUAGCAGAACCAGAUUGCUUUGCCGCCAUUCAAGUGGAUACUGGCAAGGCUGUACUCUUUGUGCCAAAGUUACCUGAUGCCUAUGCAAUAUGGAUGGGCAAGCUGGAGGAGCCGUCGUUCUUUAGAGAUAAAUAUGCUGUUGAUGAAUGCUACUACGUUACUGAGAUGGAGGAGGUUUUGUCCAAAAUGGCCCCGUCUGUUUUACUGACCCUGAAUGGAAAGAAUACGGACAGUGGGUCAACAUGUAAAGAAGCUACAUUCCCUGGCAUAACCAAAUACAAAGUUGACAAUAAGACUCUUCAUCCAGAAAUUGUUGAGUGUCGUGUUUUUAAAACAGACUUUGAACUAGAACUCCUGAGGUAUACUCACAAGAUUAGCAGUGAGGCUCACAAAGCAGUUGCUGCUGCACUGAAAACUGCCAAACAUGAAUUUGAGUUGGAGAGUAUCUUCCAGGAUUACACAUACAGGAAAGGAGGCAUGCGCUUGUUGGCAUACACUGGCAUCUGUGCAGGUGGUGGCAACUCUUCAAUUCUUCAUUACGGACAUGCUGGAGCCCCAAACAGUGCUGAACUCAAAAGAGAUGGACUUUUCCUCAUUGACAUGGGUGGCGAGUACCACUGCUAUGCAUCAGACAUCACAACAACUGUUCCCGUCAGUGGCAAAUUCUCCGAACAACAGAAGAAAAUCUACAAUGCUGUGCUGGAAGCCAACAGAAACGUAUUCAAUGCUGUGAAGCCAGGCGUCAACUGGGUCGAUAUGCACAAGCUUGCUGAGCGUACCAUCCUGACCCACCUGAGAACCCAUGGGCUCGUGAAGGGUGACAUCGAAGAGAUGAUGGCUGUCAACCUGUGCGCUGUUUUCAUGCCACAUGGACUGGGACACUUCCUUGGUAUCGAUGUGCAUGAUGUUGGUGGCUACCCUGAGGGCACAGAACGGAUUGAUCAACCCGGCUUGAAAAGUUUGAGGACCGUCAGAGAUUUGCAGCCACGAAUGUGCAUAACAAUCGAACCAGGCUGUUACUUCAAUGAUGUGGUAAUCGAUGAGGCUCUGGCAAAUCCCGCUAAAGCCAAGUUCUUGGUUGCUGAGGAAAUCAACAAAUUCAGAGGAAUGGGAGGGGUCAGAAUUGAGGACUGCAUAACGGUAACUGAAACUGGUGCUGAGAACUUUGUCGACGUUCCGAGGACUGUUGAGGAAAUCGAACAGCUGAUGGCUUCCGGCUAAGCAGCGAGCUUUUCCCCGAAACAAAUAAUAGAUGUGCCAGAUUGAUUAGGUUAAGUUUUGUUGGAGGAUCAAGGAUCACGAUAAAGAAGAAAGAGCUAGGUGGUGCCCAGCCCUCAAAUAGAUGGAAAUUGAGAGAUAUUUUCCAAUUUCAAGUGAUUCUUUACAACAUUUAAACAUUGGCUUGUAAGUAACCCCAUAUCACAACAUAGACGACGACAUACUUUCUACUUCUCUGAUUGUGGGGAGGCUUUGGGAAUUUAAAGGGAAAAGCCAAAGAGAAUAUCUAACAUUCAAGGCACUCGGCAUAAAGUAAGGUAACACGGUGGUACAAGCUACUGGUUGAUAGUUGUAACACUCUGUAGUCAUAUCCGCAUUCAAGAAAUUGCCCAUUAGGGGUUUAUAGUAACCCUAUAUAACAUUAGAGCACUAGAAGCCGAAUACACAAAAUGAUCAAUAUUAUAAUCAAGGCCUACAUGUAUAAUGAUUGGUGAACACUUUGGUGUAUGAAACUGCUUUAGGCUUGAUCCAGUUUUCUCCUACUGCUUACUGGUGACAGUAAAAAGAAACUGAGUUUAUUACGAGAAUUCCUGUAUUAUAUUCAAACGUGUAGUUUGUGUCAAUGAUGGUACUGAUUGAUGAUAACAUUUGUCUUAUUUGCCCUCUAAAAAGCCCAGACAAAAAUAGUUACAAUAUAAGUUCUGUAAAACAGGUUCCUUUUAAAGUCUAGGUGACAAAGCUGUCAUCUCCAGUCCCACCUGGUCAGUUUGGGAGUUGAAAAGAAUGUACUCUGCCAAACCAUUCGUACUCGUUUUGACAUUCAGAUGGAUGUGGCCUGGGGCUGAGUUUGCUAUACACAUGCAUUGUUGGUGUCGCAACCAAGGACCGCAAGGUUUAAAUUUGAUGACAGCUGUUUACUAAUGAGCCCUUGUAAAAAACCUUGCUGUAGGAAAUUGGUUUUCUAAUCAAGACGGCUCAGUGCACCUCAGAUUACAUCCCAAAUGCUAGGCUGGCACGUCAGGUUUCAGUUGAUUAGACAGCCAAGGACCCCAACUCGGUAUUCAUUCCUUACUUCGAUAACUACCAUGAUAUCUGCAUGAGACCAAUGCCAUAUGUUCUUUUUUUUUGGCAUGUGCAUUUCUAAUCAUGCAUGUAAUGAAUUUAUGAACAAAUAAAGCUAUAUUUGAAAAGAACGGA